CAGUCUCAGGGAGAGGCAACCAGUCAUUUUCAUCAGUGAUUUUAUUAUUCAGUGAACCGUUUUGCCUUUAUAAUGUAAGGGCAUUAUAAUUUUAACAGAUAUAAAAAAAAUAACGAAAGCCUGUGAGUGAUAAACUAAAUUAAGUUUACUACACUGUCACAUAAAUUUUUGUCCGUAGCACUUCCUGAAGUCUGAAAAUCAACAUCCUUCGUCUAGCUUACGUGUAAGUGUUCAAAGCUAUACUGACUACAUGUAUAUGUUUGUCUUCAUCCGCUUUGGGAUUGACUCAGUCUUCUUAGUAGUAAUCUCAUUUCUUCUAAUCCAGCCCUCCUUCCUUUCUUCCCUCAACAUGCUCUCACACACACUCGGAUAUACACAUGCUGCCUCUCUCAUGUAGACCAGCAACCAUUCAUGUUGUUGGACUACUGCUGUCGCUGCUGUGGAGUCACGCUCAUAAAACGCCAUGGACCCAUCUCCCUCAAAACUACACCCAGUGAUACCUGGGUUGUUCUGCAGAAUCUGUUGAUGUGCAUGGUGUGCUUCUACUCUCUCUACUACAUCGCGGUCAGUCUCUGCAUUGGACUGCUCAGGGUUCAUGAAAUCAACAGCUUGUUGGCUCCAUUCGACUACACCGCGCAACCGUCAUGGCAGAACCCCAAAUACCUGGUCGGAGUAAUUUCCACAGAAGUGACCUAUAUUUUGGGAGGACUGGUGUUUGCCUGGAUUGUGGAGGAGUGGGUUUGGGACUAUGCCAUAACUGUCACACUUCUCCACAUUGCAAUGACUGUAGCAGUCAUGUCAGACUUCCCUUCAGCUGAGCACUGGUGGAUGGCUCUGGGUACAGGCCUGGUGAUGAUGAUAUUUGGAGGACAGCUAAUGGCCUACAAAUUUUUCAGAAGCAACUUUGUCUAUCCGGCUGAACUGCAGAAUUUUUGAUGAAAAUGAAGCAUUUCACUGCAGACAGUGUUACUACUGGUAUUAGCAACUAAAGUAUGUCAAUAAAGUUAUUUAUACUGUACAUAUUCUAAAGAGAACCACAAGACUGACUUUGUUUCCUUACCAGCUUAGUUCAGUUCAAGUAAUAGUCUGAUCCCACUUUGUACAAAUGGCCUACUUUUGUCAAUUUAACAGCUUUUUUUUUUUU